AUGGGGGUAGCCAUCUUAUCUGAUCACGCUGUGACGCUGCUCUGUGGUCUCUUGGGUCUCUAUGCCUUCAGGAUUAUCAUGGCUUAUGUUAAGCUGAUACACUUCCCGGGUCCUUCGUGGACCGGCAUCUCGAACUGGCCACAUAGCAUAGCGAUCCUUGGAGGCAAUUGCCACGAGUGGUAUGCAGAAGUCAGCAAGAAACAUGGUCCGAUCGCCCGCGUCGCGCCUCGAGUCCUGAUCACAUCUUCUCCCGAAGUUUGGAUGCAUGUAAACAACAAGCCUGGGUACAAGCGCUCCGAUUGGUACUACAGAGCCACAAGAAUCGAGUACCGGAGGGACAAUGUCUUCAGCCAGACAGAUAAUGAGAAACACGAAAAACGGAGGAAGCAGAUGGCUCCAGGGAGUGUUAUGAAGUAUUCUGGGAGGGAGAAUACCCAGCUCGAAGGGUCUGUUGAUGAACGGCUCCAAGAUUUCCUGAACCUCAUCCGGUCCAAAUAUAUCUCCUCCGAUCACCAUGUUGUGCCCAUGGACCUAGCGAAGAAAGUUCAGUAUCUUACACUGGACGUCAUUAGCAGCGUCGGCCUCGGAAAGGCAUUCGGUAUGUUGCAGAGUGACCGGGACGUGGAUGACUACCUCCAAUCGACCGAGGAGGGACUUGCUAUCGGCAAUACUGUCCUUGGCAUGGGCUUCACCUGGAUCGCCCAGAUGCCUUUCAUCGGCAAGUUCAUUGCACCUUCGGCAAAGGAUAACAAUGGCUUCGGUAAGAUGAUGGCCGCAUGCUUCCGCCUUGUCGAUGAACGUGCUGCAAACCCCACCGACGAACGAUCCGAUAUGUUAGCCUCCUUCAUGCGCCACGGCUUAGCAGGUGACGAGCUGCGUACUGAGGCACUAGAACAACUCCUUGCGGGCUCCGAAACCACCGCUAGCGCCAUCCGUGGAACCCUCCUGCACAUCAUAACGAAUCCCCGUGUCUACUCCAAGUUACAGCGCGAGGUUGACGAUGCCGUGCGUCUCGGUCAUGCUCCGAGCUUGAACGAAGGCCUUAUUACUGCCGCUAAGGCUAGGAAUCUUCCGUACCUCCAGGCCGUAAUCCGCGAAGGUCUGCGAGUCUGGCCACCUGUUGCGAACAUCUUCGCCCGCGACGUCCCCAGAGGUGGCGACACUGUUGUCGUCGACGGCGAGAGCGUAUUCCUACCUGGUGGAAUCUGCAUCGGGUACUCGGCAUGCGCUAUGCACAUGAGUGAGCAGAUCUAUGGCAAGGAUGCAGAAGCUUUCCGACCCGAGCGGUGGCUCGAGUCGGACCCCGCCAAGUUGGCCGUUAUGGUUCGGACGAACGACCUCACAUUCGGUCACGGCAAAUUCCAGUGUUUAGGGAAGGCAGUGGCUCAAAUCGAGAUCGGAAAGACGGUAUUCGAGGUGAGUAGAAACAGCUCUGCAGGCCUGCUUUCAUUCUUCAUUCUUCUCGAUUGCACCCUAACUGACCGACUGUACAAAGCUCUUACGCAACUUCGACUUGGCACUCAUUAG